AUGGAGGAGCGGAAAACAUCGAUUCGCCGGAAGGAGCAAAGCCUGGCGGAAAUGACGCCAUCAGAGGCCGCGGGAAGUUCGAAACGAGGGGAAGUUCCUUCUUGUCGGCUUCCGAGGUGGACCAACUGGGAAUGGAGAGCCGAAAACGCUGGGGAGGCAAUGGCCACCAAGCAGCUGGCCCGGCAACUUGGAUUAAUUAGGAGGAAGUCCAUCAGUCCGGCUAAUAAGGAUAGUCUGGGUAGAAUCAGGUCAAAGCAGUUAUUCGGCUACUUAAUUAUCAUUGAUUUUGAGUCAACAUGCUGGAAUGAUGGGAAACGCCACUAUAGCCAGGAGAUAAUUGAGUUUCCAGCGGUCCUUCUAAAUACAUUAACUGGAGAGAUUGAGUCUGAAUUCCAGACCUAUGUCCAGCCUGAGGAACAUCCAAUUCUUUCCAAAUUUUGUGUUGAACUGACAGGCAUAAGACAGGCUCAAGUGGAUGAAGGAGUUCCUCUGAAGAUUUGCUUAUCACAGUUCUGCAAAUGGAUUCAAGUGAUUCAACAGCAGAAGGAGAUAACUUUUGCUCCCAGUGUUACAAAUAAUUCUGCUUCAGAAGUAAAAUUAUGUGCAUUUGUUACUUGGUCAGACUGGGACUUGGGAGUUUGCUUGGAAUAUGAAUGUAGACGGAAACAAUUGAGAAAGCCUGUAUUCUUGAAUUCUUGGGUAGACCUCAGAGCAACUUAUAAGCUUUUCUAUAGGAGAAAGCCAAAAGGGCUAAGUGGUGCGUUGCAGGAAUUGGGAAUAGAAUUCUCAGGACGAGAACAUUCUGGAUUAGAUGAUUCUCGUAAUACUGCCCAUCUGGCUUGGCACAUGAUCAGAGAUGGUUGCAUAAUGAAAAUUACUAAAUCUUUGGAUAAAGUACCACAUUCAGAGAAGAGUCCCAAUUGUGUUGCCAGAGUUUUAAAUCUGAAUCAGACUGAAGAUACUCUUGGACAUAAGAAUGGAAUCCAGACUUCAAGCAUGGAUGAUUUUUGUGAUGGUGAAAUUAACAUCAGUAAAAAUACCACAAAUCCUAAUGGAAAAAAUCAUCUAAAGUCAGUUUCCAGGAGUUCUUUUUUAAAGAUACAUCAAGAUUACUUACCAUUAAAGAGCACCAGAAAUCUCGGUGAGGUUAAAAGUUGUUUCUCAGUUAAUGAAUCUUCUUUUCCUUUUGGGAAAUUGCAGCCACCCAAUUCUAAUUCACCAGGGUACAGCCAAAACCAAAUAAAAAGUGAAUACCUUACCCAUAAUCCUAAAUAUAAUUCUUCAGCAUUGGGUUCAGGAUUAGUGCUCGUCUCUACCACCAUUUCAUCCGUUAACAAUAUCUCUGAUACAGAUACAAGUACUAGCCUUGACUGUUUGCCAAUGCUUGCUGAUUGGGAGGAUGUAGCUUUACUGCCAGCUUCAUGGCCUGAACAGAAAAUAGACUCUGUGCCUCCCACUGAUAUCUCAAACUCAGGCACUUCAUUGGACCCUGGGGAAAAGUUAACGAUUUUAAAAAAACAAACAAUGAUAAAUUGCGCAGACUUGGGAAGUUUAGGAAAAGCAUCACAGAGCCCUGAAAUGUCAGGGUCUGUUGUUUACAGAAGCCCUCAUACUACUAUUUAUAAUGUAAAGGAAUCCCCAAAACAGCCUUCAAAUGUUGAUACUUUUAAGUUACCUAACCUAAAAGUAAAUGUAUUGAGCAGAUCUAAGACUACUUUGUCUCCUCCCUCAACAUUGGGGGAACCACAGACUCCUUACUCUGUAGUCAUUAAAAGAAAGUCUUCUAGUCCCCAGGCUUUCCCCCCAUCAAAAAAGCAGUCGUUCACCAUACAUGAAGAAAAGCCUACAUCAUCUCAAUGCUCGCCAGUGAAAAAUUCACUUCAGAAGGUGACACCUUCUGUCUUAAAAUCCAUUGUCAACCUGAAAGAACCUUGGAAGAGUGGGAAAAUGACACCUCCUUUGUGUAACUGUGGCCGAAGGUCUAAAAGACUCAUUGUUUCUAAUAAUGGACCAAAUCAUGGCAAAGCCUUCUAUAGUUGUUCUGUUGGGAAAUACCAAAAGAAUGGAAAGAACUGUGGUUAUUUUAAGUGGGAGCAAACACUUCAAAAGGAGAGAACUAGUGGCAUGGAUUGCUCUCUUUCCACAGUAGGGAUCGAUUUUAGAUCUCCUGGAACUUGUAGUUCCUCUAGAAAUUUAAUCUUUUCUCCUGAAAAAUGUUUGAAACUCAGGCCAUCUAUGAGAACUUGAAUAUCAUCUCUCUUUGUUUGCAAACCUUGCUUUAAUUUAAAUGGGUUUUGAAUGCAACAAAUGUAAAAGAUAUGUAGUACUACAAAUUAUAAGGAAACUCAAUGGGUAUUCCUGAACCCUAUAGACUAGAAUGUGCCUGCUUAAGUCUAAAACAUUAAAGAAGUAAAUUUGUAAAGAAAUUUGUUUGGAAAGUGCUUUGAAAGACCCAACAAGGUCUGGCAUUAUAUUUGGCUUUAUAAUUAUUAUUUUUAAAAAGAAAAUUAAUUUUAUAGUAUAUUAUUCAAGAUAGUCUGAACUUUAGUCGCCAACACUAACUGGACUUCAAUUAUCAUCUUACUCUAUGGUUGUUAGUUCUUCAGUACUGUGCCUAUUUCUUCAUCUAUAAAAUAAAAUUUCUCAAUUUUUAAAGCAGGAUGAUGUCUAAACAUAUGCUAUUUUAGUGCCUUUUUUUUUUUGCACGAACUCUUCAGCCAGGUAUUAUGUAAUUGUCGAAGAAAAUCAUAAAUGAAAUGUUUUGUAAAGUAUCUUUGUAGGGUACUUUUUUUUUUCAAAUGCUGUGCUGGGACAUGUAAACCCUUUUAAAAUUGAAUUAGAGCU